AUGAAGUUAGAAAUUUUGGGAUCAUUAAAACCAAUAAAUUCUAUUAUACAAAUCGUAUUAUAUGAUGAAACGCUUAUUAUAGUAGGGUUUGGAAAUGAAAUUCGUCUUUAUAAUAAUCUUUUAGAAAAUAUUUGUCCUUGUUUAAUAUAUCAUGAAGUUCACCAUGUAUAUGGAAUAUCUACUGAAUAUGGAAAUGACAGUAAUUUUGUAGCUUAUGGAAUAGGAGGUGUUUUAUGGGCUAAAAUAAUAUCAAAAACAUCUCAAAAUGGUCAAAAGGAUACAAGAAUGGUUGAAAUUAAUCGUUUAUUAUUAAAAGAUCGCAUUUUAGCAUGUUUUUAUAUUAGAGAUCAAAAGUGGUUAAUUGGGUGUGCUUCUGGAAAUUUACAACUUUGUGAUAUUUCAAAUGGUUGUGAAGUAAUAACAGAGUUUUUUCUAGAAGAGUGUUCUACACUCUAUUGUAUGAAAAUUAUUUCUAAAAAAAAUCAUUUAGAUUCUGUUACUAUUAUUGGGGGUUCAGCUUUUAGUAAAAUUUUAAUUUGGAAUAUUGAUUUUACAUAUAAAAAACAACAUACCCAGAUAAAUUUAUCACAAUGUCUGACUGGCCAUAGGGGAAUAAUUUAUUGUGUAACAGUUUCUCCUUGUGCUAAUAAAAUUAUUUCUUGUUCAGAUGAUAGAGAAAUUCGAAUUUGGUAUAGGCAAGAAUUAAUUGACAAUAAGAAAUCAAAUUUCAGAAAUAUUGCAAUUCUAUUAGGACAUAAUGCCAGAAUUUGGACUGUUGAGUGUUCAUGGGAAAAUGGAUACAUCGUGUCUACAUCUGAAGAUGGAGAUUUAUGCAUUUGGAUUAUAAAACAAAUGAAAUUAGAUUCUUUAUGUAAAAUAAAACCUUUAGAACAAUGGUAUAAGGUACAUCAAGGACGUGGAGGAAGAUGUAUAGCUAUUAGAGAUAUAAAAUACGAUAAUAAAAAAAGUUGUGAAUUUAUUACAGGUAGUGAAGGAGGAGAUUUGAAAAUUUGGUCUUUAAAUUUAAAUCAGAUAAAUUUAACAGAAAUUCCUAAACAAAAAGAAAAUAACUAUGGAUAUUAUACAAUUAAACCAUAUAAUAGUGAUAAAUAUUGGUUUCAAGGGACUCAUUUCAUAAAUACUAAGGCACUAAUUGCAGUAACUAGACAAGGAGAAAUUUAUUAUGGACUCAGGAAGUAUAAUGAUGUUUCAAAUUGGAAUAUAUUACCUAUAGCACAUGUCCCUAAAUAUAUUUAUUCAUUAUAUGGGUCAGGUACUAAUAUUUGUAUGGGAUCCUCUAAAGGAGGAAUAUUUUUUUUUAAAUUUGAUGAUAUUACAUGUACAAUUACUUCUAUAUUAUAUUUCGAACACAUUGGAUGGAUCCAAAAUGUAGUUUAUUCCCAUAUUAUUGCAGUUCUUAAAGAUUCAAGCUAUAUUAUUAUUGCCUCCGACUCAGAAGGUAAUAUAGGACUUUCAUAUAUUUAUAAAAAUAUAGAAUAUCAAUCAAAAAUUUUAGAUACUAGUAUGUUAUCUAAAUAUGGAGAAAUAAAAUGUGUUGAUUCUGUUUACAAUUCUAAUACUAUUAUAUUAGCUUUAGGUACUGUACUAGGAAACUUCUAUCUUCUAAGAAUAAAACUUGAGGAUAUGAGUGUUAAUUUAUUAAAUAUUCAAUAUCAAUGUCACAAAGGAAAUGUAUCCUCGAUUAAAUGGCUAAAUAAUAAUAAUUCUCUUAGAACAACAGGACAGGAUGGAAGAAUUAUAGAAUAUAUUGUAGAUAUAGCAUCAAAUCAGGCAAAUAUAUCCAUUAAAUGGGUUCAUAAAUGGAAAAGUCCCUGCGAAUAUAUCAUUGAUUGUUUUCAAUCAGAAUCUUAUGGGUGCUUUGUAAUUGGAGCUCUUAAACAUAGCCUUAUGUUAUUUUCCUCUGAUGAACCUACAUCUUCUUCUUUUCAGCUAAUUUUAAAGCAAAAUUUUGGGGGAAUUAAAAGAUCUUUUUAUACUAAGUUUUUGUUGCAAGGUACUAGUUUAUGGUUUAUAAUGGUUUGGUGUUAUAAACCUUCUAUCAACAUGUUAAUUGUUGACUUAAAUAAAUUAAAAUAUAUAGAUUCAUCUAUCUUAUCUAUUAGCUUACAAUUAAAUUCGAAUCCAAUUUCAAGAGAGUUAUACUCUUCUUGUUGGAUCUCUUCAGAUAUUUUAGCUCUUGGUGGUGAAGAUCACUAUCUCCGUAUAUACAAAAUAAAUCAAAAUAGUUCUUAUUCAGAUAAUAACUUUAAAAUAUGUAAAUCUAUAAGAAUGUUGCAUCCUUUGAGAGAUAUAAAAGUUUUCAAAAUCUCUGAUCAUAUAUAUUUACUUAUAGUUGUUGGAAUAAAACAAAUGUUAAAUAUAUACAAAGUUACAUAUUCAAACUAUGAUUAUAGAUUAAAAACAAAUAAAUCUUCAGAAAUAAAUAUAGUACAACUAUUUUCAAAUUUAGACCAUAUAAUAUGUGAUAGUGAUCAUACUAAAUCUCAUUGUAGAUACAUCUGUUUAGAUAUAUUAUAUUAUUGGGAUAAAGAACACAUUAUAUCGUGUUAUAUUUUUGUUGGUUCAAGUAAAGGAGAAAUAAUAAUAUUCAGGUUCAAAUAUAAUUUUAAAGAAAAUUAUCUUGCUAAUUUAGAACUUGAAAAUGAUCUUUUAAAAUUAGAUUUUGUUCCUUUAUCAAUCAGAUGUAUAUGGAAUACUAAAAACCCUAUUAUAUUAGUUGGAUUGACAAAUGGUUCUUUAAAAAUAUUUGAAGUUAGCUUUCAAGAUUCGUCUAUAAAUUUACAUUAUAUUAAAGAUUUAUUUCUUCAUUCUUCUGGUGUUAAUGGAAUUUCAAUAAUUAGAUAUUCUGAGGACGUGGGUGUUAUAUUUGCUUCUGUUGGACAUGAUCAAUGUUUAAAUAUAGCCUCAACAAAUGGAAAAAUAUUUGAAACAUUACAUAAUAAUCAUUUAUCAUCCAUAAGGGAUUGUUGUUAUGAUCAAAAUAGUCGAUUAAUUUAUACUAUAGGAUGGGAUCAGAAGCUCCUUAUUUAUCGUAUAGACAAAAAUGAUAGUAUCAUUAAAAUUAUGGACUUCUCAAUAUCAAUAUGGGAUGUAGGUAAGUGGAAAUUACAUAAAUAUGUACUUAAAGUAAAUUUAGACUUUUCUAUUUUAUUUCUAUAG